CGUUGAGAGUAUAAGUCAACAAGGCGGCCAGUAAACAGACAAUCCCAUCAAAACAUAUAUAAAGCUGAUGCUGCUCUCUCUCUCUUUCCCUUCACCAUCUCUCACCAUCUAUUUCUACGACAUCUUCUCAUUUAAAGAGCAACAGAUAAUCUACUCUCUCUUGCCCAAUUGAUCAUAUCUAUCACUGAACACUCUCAAUCCUCUGUAAACGAGCACCAAUACAAUGGAUUCAGAACAGAUACUAGCAGAGUAUGCGCGGCUGCAGAGUGCUACUACACUCGAAAAUCCUAUAUUAAACAACAUUGUUGUCGCUUGCUGUGGAGUUAUUUCUCCAGCGUAUCUCAGCACAAUGUCGGUCUUACUUCCAGCAAUUGCAUAUCCAUUGCUAUCCCCCCGCGCUGCUCAUGGGCUACUCGUCUGUUCCUUUUUUCUCAACUCACAUGCCUUCAUGAUACAACAUGACCUUUGGAAGAUGGGAGAUCCAUAUACAAACAUAGCCUACUGGAAACCUGCCUUUGCGUCUUUUUGCUUAGCCAUUGGUAUGGUUGGCUUGACCCGAGGCCAAUAUCGCGAAACACAGCCAAGACAUACUUUUUUCCUGGGCGUCAUUCCGUGGUUUUUCGUUUCCCUAACAGCCUGGAUUCUAUAUGUUUUUGUGAUUCUCCUUGAAGAAGAGGUAAAAGGCUAUUCGGUUACACGUGAAGCUCGGCUUAAGAAAUUUUGCACGAUUACGCCUAUUGUUCUUACAGUUGUCUGCUUCAAAAAGUUUGGUCGACCAGUUUCGAUCAUCAUGUCUCAACUGGUGGCUCGUCGCGUCCGCUGGUUGUUUCGGUUUCGUCCAAGUGACGUCGAGGCUAAUGCCAAUUCCGAUAUCGUGAGCUAUUCCCCUGCUGCUUUCGAAACUGAGGCUUCUGAGUUCCUAUGGCGCCAUCCCAUCGAACAUGAUCUACGCUUUCGAAACAGUAUCUUUGGUCGCGCGGACGAUGCAUCAUAUUUGUCAAUGGAUAUCCAUUAUGGUUAUGAUAACAGCCGAUGGCCUCUGUCUGCCCGGGAAAUUGUUCUCACCUUGCUUGUGUAUCUCGCAAUAUUGGGUCUGGUGGCUUGCCAGGUGUAUGGGCCUAAAUCUGAGAAAGGCAGACCCUAGGGUGGCUUGAUAGAGGUCCAAACUUGGCAUAUUGAGCAUGCCGAAGAAGUAGCGGACAGAAAACAAUACCAUUGCGGUCUACCCGCGAGGGGCGAUGAGCUGAAGUCAUUCGCA